UCUGAGAUUUCAGUGCUGCUGUCUGACAAUGAGCAAGGUUUGCUUUGCCUCUCUCCCCGGGUUUCUCACUUCAUUGCAAGCCCCAAUCUUCCAUGAAGUGCGUUUCCACCUUCGACGUCACCGAAUCUAACUCUUUGUAUGUCCAUGUAAGGGCAUCUACGUCACGGUGCUUUCCUUUUCUCACUAUAUAUACUGAGGGGACCAUAAUUCUUCAGCAGUUCAAUAUUGCAUUGCAAGCUUUCAACAGAGAAACACCAAGAGACAACAGGAGAGAAAUACAUGAUUUUGUUUUCCUUCAUAUUAACUCAGUGACUCCAGCUUCCACCUCAUCCUGCUUGGAAGCCUUUCCAUUGCCUGGCGGAUUUUCUUCAUUUUUUUUUCCUCCAAAAAAAAACCCAGAGAGGAGCAAAAGGAAAGGUUUCUAUCUAUAUCUAAUCGAUGUGAUCUGGGACUGUUAUUCGUUUGUUUGAAGAGGAUCCCCCCGCUGUUUGCGCUCUGAUAUGACAGGGAAGAUUGCAGAGAACAUCCCGGUGACAAUGAGCAGUUUGUUAAACCACCUGCAGGAUACUGUCUACCCCGAGGAUGAGAUUGUUUCGGCAGUACCAACAUCCAUGAACAUUUUUAACUCCGAUUCCGGCAGCGCGUACGGUCAAAUGGGCGGAGAUGGACUGAUGGACGUUGGGAUGGACAAAGGCAAUCAGGAGCUGUCCUAUCCACACACUUUCCAGCACUCAAGCCGGAGUCAAACUCUCACAUACUUGGGCAAAUUUGCUUUCGAUUCGCCUCCUGGGCCACUUGGAGGCUCGAAUUGGUGUCCAGAAAACAUCAUCAACUUGGCGGGCAUCUUCGGAGUCUCUCACUCCCCCUCAACGACCACCCAGACAUCAACUGCCUGCACCAUGGUGCAGAAUCAGGGCGAGAUGGAGCCGCUCUACCAGGGACCAGCAUCAUAUCCACAGUGUAGUGAAAUGUACCAGGAACAGGUCUAUCACAAUCCACCUACUAGCACUACAAACCCUUACUCCAACCAGGAUUAUCACUCCAAAUCCAGCCAGGAGAGUAACAUCUUUUCGGUCAUUCCGGAUUACAACCUGUUCCAUCACCAGAACGACCUGGCUUCAAUUACAGAACACAAACAUUUCACCUCCUCUGUCGACCCCAUUCGGAUCCCUCCGCCCCUCACCCCACUGACCACCAUCAAGGCCUACACAGACUCCAAACAGAUGCCCACUAACUUCAGCCCUCAUCCGCAGCCGCUCACCCUCAAACCCAUCCGGCCAAGGAAGUAUCCGAACCGGCCCAGCAAGACCCCAGUCCACGAGCGACCCCACGCCUGCCCGGCGGAGGGCUGCGAUCGCAGGUUCUCCAGGUCGGAUGAGCUGACCAGACACCUGAGGAUCCACACGGGACACAAGCCCUUCCAGUGCCGGAUCUGCAUGAGGAGCUUCAGCCGGAGUGACCACCUGACCACUCACAUCAGGACCCACACUGGAGAGAAACCCUUCUCCUGUGACUUCUGUGGGCGCAAGUUUGCUCGGAGUGAUGAGCGCAAGAGACACGCCAAGAUCCACCUCAAACAGAAGGAGAAAAAGCUGGAAAAGAACCCAGCCCUCUCGAAUCCAACUAACCCCAGCACCCCGGUGACUACCUGUGCUUAAACUCCAUUCUCUCCAUGUGCACAAAGAUGAGAGGUUAAAUUGUACUAAAUCAGCUUCAGCACCAGGCCAUGUACAACAGCCGCAGAGUGCGUCCUUCAGUGCAGUGGAUUUUUUGCACCUUUUAUUCCGGGGCCCGAGGUCACUGCUCACCCUCUUGCGCCCGUUUUUUCCUGGCGCGCGCAACGCGAAUCUGAUUUGCAGCCAAUUGGCGCAGGGGGCCCAGGCAGGAUGGAAGCAUUCCGUGAAGCUGCACUCAGCUCUGGCGGACUUUGCCUCUGUGCAAAUUUUAGACGAGUGUGCGUGUGUGUAUGUGUGUGUGUUCCAGGCGCAACCCUUCCGUCAAACGCUUAGCGGAAUUUCGGCGCAGCUCGCGAACGGGACGCCACCAUGUCGGCGGAAUAUUGAACACUGCCUUGUGAAGCAUCAAUCUGGAGCAAAUUUUGUUGAAGCGUAGAUAUAAACACCUCCCCUUCGUACAGGGUCUUCUUGUGGAAUGGACAACACAGACCAUGAGCUAUCAGCCCACCACCCUCCUCCAACUCCGGCUGAGUUUUGUUGAGCACAUUUUUGGUCAGUGCAGAGUGCUCAGAGCAUCAACCAGGGAACCUGUUUAUAAACCCGUGAGAUUUUAUGAACGGAUCCAAUUGAAUACACCGACCAAGCGAAAGAGACUCUUCCAAUUUCACCUCCCCAAAUACUUGCUUGGGUCUCCCAACUUUGCACAAUUGCUUUCUGGGUUUUUUUUAAACAAACCUCGGGAGGGUCACUGCAGUCUUUACCAGCCGACUGUACAAAUGAUCAUCCUCCUCAUCACACACACGCCAAACAAGUCGAGAAGUUCCUAGGUUUUCUUGGGUUCCACUGCCGUGUAAGAACCGCCAGACAGACAGACAAUGUGGUGUCCUGCAAUUUGGUGCGGACUCCUUUAAAUUGACGCUCUCUUUUUUGACUUUUGUGUUUUGUGUGUGUGCGUGUGUGUACUGCAGUUUUACAUGGCAAACUGGGUUGAGCCAUACUGGGAGUGCAAGUCCCAUCUGGAAAAUCACGCCACUUGUACACUCAGAACUUAAGUUGUGUUGUUUCAUUUCCACCACCCCCCACCCCCUUUUUUAGGGGGAGCACUUCUGCACCUUGACUGAGCACUCCCAGUCAUUAAUCUCAAGCAUGUUACUGCACGCUAACAUUUAUUUCCUCGAAAACUGUGCGCAAAAAAAGUUUUAAGCUGUUCUUUCAAGGCAGAAUGUUUUCCUUUAUUGUUUGCUCUUUCCAGUUUUUAAUGUCUGCAUGUGGACAUUUUAUGUCAGACAUGGGAUCAAAGUGGUUUGAUAUUUACAGUCAAGAAGAAACCUGUGGGAAAUGCGUUUUUUCCGGAAGAUUUUUGCAUACAGUAUUUUGAACAGAGAUGUAUUAUAUUUUGUGGCUUUAUUUUUAAGAUUUUAUGGUACCUUAUAAUAAGGUACAUGCUUGAUUUUGUGAAGAGAUGGUGAUUAUUCACCGAUGUUCUCAUUGGCUUAUUGUCUAUUGUAAUGCAAAUACUGUAAUUUAGUUAAAGUAUAGGCAUUUGACAGAUACCUAAUGUAUUGUUGUACCAUUUGCACUGUGGGCAAAUGCUGAAACAUAAAUAUAUUGUGUUUGCUGA